AUGAAACGAGCGACACCCGUGGGUAGUACGCAUCGCUAUAAAUGGAGUGAAAAACAGAUGUUACAACAUGCCCAGACAACGUUUGAGUGGCAUGGAGAAGAUGCAGGAAUUGCUUCUAGUUAUUUUCAUAUUGUUGCAGAUGGAGUUUCAUCCCCUUUUGGACGUCAAUCUCUUGAAAAGUAUGAUGAUGGUAUCCCAGUAUCUUCAGCUCUUUUAGCAACGGAAGUUGUGACAUGUGUACGCCUUGUAUUGGAAGAGUUGACGAAUCAUAAUCAGGAACCAGUUGAGCAACAAACGUUUGAAGAAGCGAUCGUCGAUGCAAUUAAAACGGCACGGAUCAAUUGUUUUCAGUAUCGGAAAUCCAGACUAGCAACGACAUUGAUUGUGUCGUACUUUAAUCGAUGGACAGGGACGUUACUGACAUUUUCACUUGGAGAUUCCAAGUGUUUAAUUGUUCGACGAGGAUCUAUUGUCUAUGAGACAUUGGCGGUCUUACGCGAGUUUAACAUGCCGACAGUUGUCAAUUUACGAGAACAAGUAGUGCCAAAAGAUUAUGUCGUACAGAGCUUUGCUCUUCAAAAAGGUGAUGUGUGUCUUACUUUCUCGGAUGGACUGGGUGAUAACUUGUACAAGGAUGAUAUUACUGCAGCUCUAGCAGCGCCAGGAGAGCUAUUGGAGUCUGGAUUACAAAGUGUAUGUGAUCAACUUGUCAACAUGUCCAAAGUACACGAGAAGAUGCCGUUGGAUGGAGAGAAUGGAGGUUGUCAAGAUCUCCUGUAUCCGUUCGCAACGGCUGCGGUGGUAGAGUACCGUAAACGCACGUUAGAGGAGACCAAACUUGCCGCUGGUGGCCUACUAGAUGCCAGUGGGGUCGACCACAUGGCACUGUCACUUGAGUUGAUAAAGAGACACAAAGGCAAGCAAACUUUGGACCGACAUUUGCUGCUGCGGAGACCAUCGCGAAAGCACCAUUAUUCCCUCAUGCAGCUCCGACUUAUGGCACUGAUGUCAACGAAAAAGCCGGAUGACAUUACGCUCUUCAUGACACGUUUUGUAUAA